AUGGAACGGCAUCGCUAUGUCACUGAGGACCCGCGGUCAGAUCCAGUGCACACUUCUUAUCCUCAGGACAUACCGUCGUCGCCUCCAUCCAUAGUCUCUGAGGCUGGGACUCGACGAAAACCCAAGAGACCUCCACCAGUGACUCCGCGCUCAUUCAAGAGAUUUUUUACACCUCGGUCGUCUCUCAAUGCCGUCGCAAAUGUUACCACGCGGCAAGCACUGCGGGAGCUCAACACGACAUCGUUGAAUCGGCGGGGCCCAGCAUUCACCAAAGCAAAGUCUUUGAAUGCACCAAAUACCAUCGGCCAUGGAAUUCUGAAAAGCCCAUUCACAGAAACUGCUAGGACUCCAAGCAGGAAACGGAAGCUAUCCUUCUCUUCMCCUGCUUCUCCGCCGCAAUCGUCUCCAAUUCGACGAGUGCGCCUGGCCCCUCCCAUCGAAGAUGACCGUUUGAUCGAGAAGACGGUGAAUGAGAUUGAAAUCAAAUUUCCUCCUGAAACGACCCUUUCGCCACGAAAGUCAAUUCAAAAGCAAUUGUUCGUUGUCAAACCGCCAGUAGAACCUGUUCGUCGGUCAAAAGUACUUGCUACAUCAGGCGAGUAUUGUCUCCGCAGCGUCUCGGGACGUAUGAAUCGGCUUACUAUGCGAUGCAACUAUGGAAGUGAUUGGAGGGAUCAAACAUCAACCUUUUAUUCGCGGCCAACAGAUGUUCAUCAGAAUAGCAGUGUGAAUGAAGACCGCCCUGCCCUGCCUUUCUGCAUCGCCUCCUGCAACACAAAUUCUUUAGUGGCUAUCGGGGACGAAGAAGGAGGAAUUCGAUUAGUGGACUCGGCGAAGGACGAUAAAGUCGGAUUUUCGAAAGCGCACGUAUCGUUUCGCGCACACGGCAAUUCCAUAAUGAAUCUCGAAUUUUCUUCUGACGAUCUGCUUCUCGCAACUGCCGCUGGCGAUCAGACAACGCUCAUCUUUGAUAUGAUCACUCAAAAACCGAUUCAUUGUUUGUCGAACCAUACCUCAUCAGUGAAACAUGUGCAGUUUCAGCCAGCAUCGAACAAUAAAAUGCUUGCGACAUGCAGCCGCGAUGGCACUGUGAAUAUUUGGGAUUUGCGGUGCAAAGGUCAUGAGAACCCUUCUGUGCAGAUUCACUGCGCUCUUGAUCAAGACGGAACUUCCUCGGCUUCUCCGCCCAAGAUCAACUAUCCUCAGCCCUUGAGGACUAUUCAGGACGCUCAUGCGUUCAUGUCUAGAACUUCCAAAUUAGCGGCCGUUCAAAAGCAAGAUAGUCAUUUCAGCAGAGAGAACGUCACAGUAACCUCACUCUCGUUCUUACCAGCAGGUCGUGAAAAUCUUUUUGUUACCGCUUCCGAAGCCAAUGCCUGCAUUAGGUUAUGGGACAUGCGCACAUCUUAUAAUAUCCGCCGAGGAAGCCCUGCCCCCUUAUCUACAACACGCGAACCAGACAGCCACGUCAAUCACAGGUCUUACGGCGUCACAUCCUUGGUCCUUAAUGGAGACGGCUCAAGGUUAUAUAGCCUAUGUCGCGAUUUGGCCGUGUAUGCAUACUCGACCUCGCAUUUGGUAUUGGGCAGCUCUCCGGAUUUGGCUCUGAACAAUGACCGCCCCAGACGUGCUGGAGGCCCCGACAAAGAAGGCCUCGGACCUCUCUACUGCUUCCGCCAUCCUCGGCUGCAGGUAUCAACUUUCUACGUCAAAGCUGCUCUACGACCAGCCAAGGAUGACAAAGCUGAAAUGCUUGCUGUUGGCAGUAGUGACAAUUGCGCCAUCUUGUUUCCCACAGAUGAACGAUUCUUGUCCACAUCUCAGCCGGUAGUGCAGACACAGGCUGAUUUGCCGCCUGCUAUUCGACCUCCUCUGGUACGGUCUGCUCUUCGACGAACCAAUUCGGACAUGUCCUUUUCUGGCAGACCAGAAAGUUCGAUCCCUACGUAUCGCUCUGGAACUCCUCUUGUUGGGGGUCACAUGAAGGAGGUAUCAGCUGUGUCGUGGACUCAUGACGGCGAGCUGGUCACUGUAAGCGAUGAUUAUACGGCUAGAUGCUGGCGCGAAGGACCCGAUGCGCGCGAUUUACGAACUGGAGGUGAAACAGAUGGUCGACGCUGGGGGUGCGGUUGGGCAGAGACCCCAGAUUCUUACGAUGACGAGGAAGAAUGA